AGUGAUACUUUGAGUUUACAUUCAGGUUGUUCAGCAUUUUUGGUCAUGCACAGGGAGCCACUCCUUAUCACAAUACAUGACUGUGCAGUGCAUUUGAUCACAGCUAGCAACACUGUGACACCUUCACCAGGAGAAUUCUUCACAGUCUGUGGAUCAAGCUGACAGACAAUGGCACAAAGGCUAACAGCGUGGAACAGCGGACUCUUGGACUGCUUUACUGAUUUGAAGUCUUGUUGCUAUGGCUUCUGGUGCUGCCCUUGCUUUGCCUGCUCCACCUCAGCAAGUUUUGGGGAGAACCGUUGUCUGCCCAUGUGCGACAUAUGCAGCCCUGCCGUACUGUCAGCCUUUGGAAUACCACUGGCAGUUCCUCCUGCGCUCUUAGCACUCAGGGUAGCUGUUCGACACAAGUAUGGAAUCAAGGGUGACAUCUGCACUGACAUCCUGACUGCCUGUUUCUGCGAGUGGUGUGCCUGGUGUCAGCUUUCUCGGGAAAUCAAUUAUCACAAGAAAAACCCAACAACCAUUAAUGUGCAGCCAACUUCACACCCACCCCCUGCUGGAUUUGUGGGUUAACACUGAUCUUUGGGUAGUUCUAAUAGGUCAGGUGUCAUGAAGGAAUGAUCAGAUUAUUUCAUAUCAUCAACAGGACCUGCUUGUUUAGUGUUGUUUAGGUGUGGGGUGAUGGGGAUAGUUAAUCAUCCUUUUGACUUGCAUUUUACAAUGCUGCUGGUUACCGGUUACUUCAUUAAGAUGAUCAAAAAUCCUGUUUUGUUGUCUAAAUUAGUGAAACAUGAAAAUACAAUUGUUUAAAAGUGGGCAUCAGUGCACUGAUACUGGAUGACUGGCACAUCUGUAAUGCUACCAUAAAAACAAUUUUAUUAUGAAUUUAUUGUGAUGUCACUGAGGUAUCUUAGUUAAGACGCACUUAUUUUCCCUUUCGUACAGAUAGCAUAUGGCAUAGUAUGGUACCAUGCUUUUGACCCUUUUUUUUUUUUUUUUUUUUAGUAAAGAGAGCAACUUUAUCUAAAUU